CAUAUAUUGUUGGGAAACAUAGAACAUGGAACUUAUAUAAAAACGCUUGGCAAUUUCUAUGCUCUUCUGCUCUGCACACGCACACAACAACAACAGCGACGGCAGCAGUUCUUUUGGCCUUUUACGGGAAGUCGUUGCUAAGGAAUUUACUUUUCUUUGGAUGAUGCCGGCAGAUCAAAUCCAGUACUCAGAAAAGUACUUUGACGACAAAUUCGAAUACAGGCAUGUUAUUCUACCCUCCGAUUUGGCCAAGCAUGUGCCCAAGGCUCACCUGAUGACUGAAACGGAGUGGCGAAAUCUUGGCGUACAGCAGAGUCCCGGCUGGGUUCAUUACAUGAUGCACGCUCCAGAGCCCCAUGUGAUUCUGUUCCGACGCAAACGAGUCGAGGAAGACAACGGGACGUCGAAACAAGCGGCGGCCUGUGUAUAAAGCCAAGCGAAGACCUAGUCGGGAUGCAGAGAGAAGAGGAGAGGACAGCACCCACCAACUCACAAAGUAUUCCAUAA